AUCGAAGAAGUCAAUCGCCAGGUCACUUCUAGCAGCCAGGACAUCCAGACCAGCAGCCACCAGCUCACUGAACUGAGACGCGAAAUGCAGAACCUGGAGAUCGAACUGCAGGCGCAGCUCAGCACGAAAAGCUCUCUGGAAAACUCCUUGGCAGAAACCGAAUCUCGCUACAGCUUCCUGCUCCAGCAAAUCCAAGGGCAGAUCAACUCUGUAGAGCAGGAGCUGGCCAGCAUCCGCUGUGAGAUGGGGAGUCAGAACCAGGAGUACAAGAUGCUCCUGGGCAUCAAGACCCGCCUGGAACAGGAGAUUACUCAGUACCGGGCGCUGCUGCAGGAGGGACAGCAGGACAUUGGAGUCAGUUCCAUGUGA